AUGUGGUAUUUCCACAAAGCUGAGACACUAGGAAGAGAUGCUGAGAAGAUUAUGUUGAAUGACACUUCACAACAGGCAGAGGGAGCGGGGAGGACCCGGCGGCUGCUGCGGAGGAUGCUAAGUUUGUGCUGGCUGCUGCUCCCGCUGGUUGCGGGAAUCCAUCCAGAAUGCAAGAUAUUCCAGCAGGUGGUCAAAGAGGAGGCCCUCUGCUUAGAAAAGAAUGAAUCUGUUUCACCUGAUAUUAAAGGAUGUGACAGAGAUUGGGAUGGUCUAACCUGCUGGCCCAGAGCCACUUUUGGGGAAGUGGUUAAAGUUUCCUGUCCAAGAUUUUUUGAAGAAAUCACCAACAUCCAUGGCUUCCUUCAAAGAAACUGUACACAGGAGGCAUAUUGGUCAGAACCAUUCCCACCAUACACCAUUGCCUGUGGAUUUGAUGAAGGUUCCAGUAAAGGGCCUGAGGACCAGAAAUCAUAUUAUUCUGCAUUUUGGCGUGUCUACACUGCUGGCUAUGCAGCAUCAGUGACUUCACUCAUUACAGCUCUAAUUGUCUUUGCUGCCUUCAGAAAAUUCCACUGUACACGGAAUUACAUCCAUAUGCACCUGUUUGUCUCCUUUAUCCUGAGAGCAAUUGCUGUUUUCACCAAAGAUGCUGUUUUGUUUGCAGAUGAAACUAUGGACCACUGCCUAAUGUCAACGGUUUCUUGUAAGGCUGCUGUGGCAUUUUUCCAGUUCAGUAUUUUAGCCAAUUUCUUCUGGCUUCUUAUAGAAGGGAUAUACCUGCAAACACUGCUUUUGCUGACCUUUGUUUCAGACAAGCAGUAUGUAUGGUGGUUCAUAGUUACUGGCUGGGGAGCACCCACUGCUGUGAUGCUUGCUUGGGUCCUCACAAGAAUCCAUCGACAAAACACUGGAUGUUGGGAUGAUGAUGAAAAUGGAGUGGUGUUAUGGAUCAUCAAAGGUCCCAUUCUGCUAACUGUAUUAAUUAACUUUAUUAUAUUUAUUAAUGUGAUCAGAAUUCUAGUGCAUAAAUUGAAAUCUCAAGAGGGAGGAGGUAGCCAUUCAAACCACUUUGUGAGACUUGCUAAAUCCACGUUACUCUUGAUCCCCCUCUUUGGAGUGCACUACAUUGUAUUUGCAUUUUUCCCAGAAAGCACUGGUCUGGAAGCUCGCCUUUAUAUUGAGCUGGGCUUGGGUUCUUUUCAGGGUUUUAUUGUUGCUCUUCUAUAUUGCUUCUCAAAUGCAGAGGUUCAAAGUGAACUGAAGAAACAACUGUGCAAAUGGCAGUAUCAAGAAUACCUGAACUUCACACACAAACGCAGGACUUUGUCCAGAGAAAAUAGUCCAGUCAACUAUGUCACUCAAUUAUCACUGCUUGAAAAAAUUAGUCCAAAAAGGAAAACCUCUGUGUACCAGAAUGGUAUAACUUCUAUCUGAGCUUUUCUAGCAGGACAAGUUGCUGUGACAUUGUAACACACUACUGAAGAGAUGGCCAACUUGGGUUCUUUAUGGCUUUCCAUAGUGUCAAGAGCCUUCCAUGAAUUUCUUGUCCUGAGUGUGAGCUGCUUUUCUUACCUGGUACAGAUCACUGUCACAACCCUGGUUCUCUCUCUCAAGUGUAUAAAAUCCACUUGUUUUGUUGUGAAAAGCCGUACCUUGUGCUAGUGUGAAACAACAGGUUAGAAGCAAAACCCAAAACCUAUAUCAAUUCCUCCCAGGCCCAGUAUGUUUGUCAUGUCUUUGUUAGUGUUUCCCAAAAUCUCCAGUUUUCAAGAGCACUAUUCCUAAUCUUAAUUUGAAACAGUUAUGGGGUGGCAAAAUGUUCCAUAAUGAUUAAUGUUUUGCUAGUUGUUUUGAGACAACUUGAGCCAACUUAAUGGAAAUCACACACAGAAACUUGCUAAGCAACCUCCUUUGAAAGGAAUUUCAAGGUGUCGCAAGAGUGACACAAAAAGAGAAUGAGUUCCAUUAUCUGUUUGGGUUUUUUUCUUCCAUGCCUGGUGAACAGGGAGACUGAAUUAGUCCAGAGGACCCCAAGCCCUUUCUUGUCCAUGGGAAAACAUGGAGUAGCUGAACAUUAGAGAGAUUAUGAGUAUAUGAAGGAAGAACACAGAGCAAAGCCAAUGCAGCAUGCCAGAUGGGCUACCUUGAGCUCAGAAUGACUUACAGUCUUACUCUUAGUGCCCAGAUGCUGGUCCUUGUGUAGCUGGAACUGACCUUCUGUCAUCAUAACCUUUAAGGUUGGCUGUAUUCAUCAAUGAUAUACAGAAUUAAACUGCUUUUGUGCUUUUUGGGGGGCCUUCCUUUGAGGACUAAUCUGGUGUGAUAGCUGUGAUUAUCUCAAUCCCAUCCAUAAUUUCUCAGCUCAUUGUCAUUCUACUCAGUGACAUUUCUGGGUUCAGAAUUAUCAACACAGAAGUGUGGUCUAGUAAAGCAAAAUAUGGUCUAGUAUAACAGAGUGAACAAACGUGCUUGCAUCACUUCUUCAGGUGGCCUUUCUCUUUCUUCAGAACUGAGUUGGACACUACCUCAGACUCUCCAAAAAUAAAGAAAGGGCACACAAGGUGUUCCUUUCAAGAUGGGAUGGUUCCCAGGAGAACCUGCAUCCAAACUUAAAAACACUGCUAGAGACCAUGGCCAUUCAAGUAUGUGGUGACUUUCUGUGAAGUGCAAUUUCACUUUAGAUCUAAAAAGUAGUGCUCCAGUCCCUCAUUUUGCUGUACUUUUGGUUAAUUAUUUAGGCCAGGGGACAUUUGACUUUGUGGAAAUCUCUUAGUUGGUUUUAGGUGCUUCAUCUCUCAUUCCAUUGUUAGAGCAGAGAUGAAUUGCCCAAAUUUCUCUAUGUACGAUUCAGAUCAGUCAUUUAUUAGUCAGGCAUUUACCCCAUCUGUCCCAGUGAAUCAGAUGCUCUCUAUAACACGUUAUUUUGUCUAUUUAGACCUCCUUAUCAGUUUUCCUUGUAAAAGUAAUCCUUGCUCCUGUGUUAUUGCCUAGCAUAGUGAU